AUGGCUGUUAGUCGUCCCAAGAAUAUUCUGAUUAUUGGAGGUGGCUCUUGCGGGUUGGUGACACUCCGAAAUUGUCUCGAAAGGGGUGAGUUCGACGAUGUUCAACUUGUCGAGCGGCGGGAUGAUAUAGGGGGGAUCUGGCAAGAUGAUCCUACAGUCCCAUAUGAUGAUGCAGGCGGGCAUCACACGGAUCGUCGGCCACCCCGCUGGACAUCCCCUGCGUAUCCCGGGAUGAUAGGCAAUGUACUCCCUGAAUUCUUGGCGUUCUCAGGACAACCUUUCCCACCUUCUCCGAGGCCCGACCAGCCGUUCCCUACUCUUCAGGAGACGCACGCAUAUCUGAGAGAUUUUGCACGUCCACUUCUAGAUCAGGGGAAGAUCCGGCUCAACCACGAGGUUGUAAGCGUUGAGGAGAUCGACCAGAGAGACGGGUUUGGAUGGAGAGUUGUUAUCAAAGACUGGAAGCAGGGUGGCAUAGAGAAAGAGGAACGACGGGAGGCGAUCGUUAUCUCGACCAUGUGGUUUGACAAUCCAUAUUUUCCUCGUGUUGAUGGAUUUGAUGCCAUUAAGGAGGCUGGGAGGGUUCGACACACCAUCUCUUGGGCAGGUCCGAAAGAUUACGAGGGCAAACGUAUCUUGGUUAUUGGAAAUGCCAACUCGGCAAACGAGAUGGCGGCCCAGCUCGCACCACUAGCCCAGCUUCCAGUGUAUCGUUCCACACGGCGGGUAUCCAUCUUUCCCUCAUUGCCAGAUGAGCGCAUAAAAGACGUUGGUCCAGUUGUGCGGUACGAAUAUCAUCCUUCAGAGACGGGGGACAAGGUCGUUGUCCACCUUGAGGAUGGGAUCAUUCCCAAGAUUGACUACGUUGUAUUCGGAACUGGGUAUUAUCCACACGUACCUUACCUUCGCGUGCUCGAAACCAAGCCGAUAUCUGUGUUCGGGGUCAAGAACCCCCCGAAUGAAGCAUUCAUACGCCAGCUAGUUCCUCUGACUGGUCAGGAAACCCAUCCUAUGUGGGUCCCCUCACUUUUUCGUCAAAUACUAUACUCGCACAAUCCCACUCUAGCCUUCAUUGGAGCCCUGAUAUCAUUCAUACCCUUCACAUUUUCAGAUCUCACUAGUACAUGGCUCGCUCUCGUCUGGUCAGGACAUAUCGAGAUACCGGAUACCAUCCAACGAAGGCUCCAGGACGAGCAAGACAGACUAAACGCGUUGGAAACUCUGCAGUCCCAGACGGACAACCCAUCUGACCUUGUCUCAUUCCAUUUCCUUGGUCAGUACGAGUUACCGUAUGCAAAGGUUGCAAGAGCAGAAGUCGUGCAGGCAAAUCCUCUUCUGGAAGACAUUUUGGUAAAAUGGGACGAUGAGCAGGAUAACCGACGCUUUGCGAUGUAUGCCGCUAAGCUAGAUAGCUUGUAUACCCUUGCCGAAAGAAGGAAGCCAGAGGUGGCAGAGUAA